CGUAACAAUUUAACUCCGCAUUUCUCGUUAGACUAGUGCGUGAAAAGUUCCUCGACGCGGUUAUGUGAAUCUGUGAAACGCUAAACACGGCAAAAACAUUCUGCUACCACAAAUGAUAGUUUCAUCGACAACAGAGAACUAAAAUCCAUCCACCGUUUGAACCAUUGACUAACGUAUAAAAGAGGUGGACUCCUCUUUCAUCAGUCCAAUUCAAAUAAGUUUACGAGAAUGAGAUCGCUUGAACUAUCAACUCCUUGGCCCGAGGAAGAAGAGGAUGUAGAAGUUGAAGACAUGGAGCUGAGCAAACAUGAUGGAAGGGAUGAUCUCACAGAAUCUAGUAGUGACGAAGCUGUAGGUAGAAAAAGAAGAAAAAAUGGAGGUAGUGCGUCCAGUGGUAGUGCAUCCAGUGCUACAACGACACGACGUAGAAAAACCUGUAUUAGUGCGAGAGAGAGAAAUUUAAGAAGACUGGAAAGCAAUGAGAGAGAAAGAAUGAGAAUGCACUCACUUAACGACGCCUUCGAGCAACUCAGAGAAGUUAUACCACAUAUAAAAAUGGAGAGGAAGCUGUCCAAAAUAGAAACACUUACAUUAGCUAAAAAUUAUAUUAUGGCCCUUACAAAUGUUAUUUGUGAGAUGAGAGGAGAGGAAAAACAUUACACAUUCCAAGACGUAGAAAGUGAUACGAAUAUAGAAUUAGAACCAACAUCGGAAGAAAUCAGUAGAGAACAAAAUAACAACUCGAUGUUCCAGCAAAAUCUAGAGAAUCACCAAGACAAUGAAAUGAUCAACUCGCGUUGAAGCCAAUCAUUCUAGUGAUUACCUAGUUCAAUGGUACAGAUAGACAGCAGCUAGUGAGUGCGAAUUCAUUUCCUAAUCGAGAAACACGAAUUUUCGUUAAUAUUCUUCGACUAUCGUGAAAAAAUGCUGCCACAUCUUCGCAGCAACUGCCAAGAUGAUCUUGCUGAUUGUUGGUAAUCAACAUUCGUGAAAAUAUCACAUCACUGCAGUCCUUAUCAGCUUGUUCGAAUUCACGUAAAUCAGCUUAUGUACGUGUAUGUUAAUUAAGUGUAUUCCUUAGGCAAGUUGUACGAACAAUUAUGAAGAUAGUCCAAAUUUGUAUUCAUUCAUAGUCGAAAACGAAAAUGGAAAUUUAUCGCAGUACGGUGUUUUAUCUUCAGUUCUCAAGGUUGACCAUUUUUGCCGAAAUCAUUAAUUGGGUAAUGAUAGACGAAAACCAUAACGUGAAUGAGAACAGCUCUUUUUUGAAAAAGUUGAAUCAAAACUUUUCGAUAUAAUUUCAUAAGCACUUUUUCGCAGUUUCAAAAUAAGUCUAUCUGCCUACCAUUACAGUGAACAUUUCUGGUGAAUAUUCGAAACUCAGAGAUUUUUAGGCGUAAUCAACAUCCCUAUAUUUUAUACAUAUAUAACGUAUAUUGUAUGAAUCUAAAUAUGAAUAUUAUAUAUUUGUAUUACGACUUUAACAGAACUAUGAACUUCUUCUGGGAGUGCUAAGAGCAAAACUCGUUGAAUUUCUUCCGCAUUUAUUUUUAUAGAUACAUCCAAGAUUCGAAUAGCAGAAAGAGUUCAAAGUUCAGCCCAUUCUCAAAAACCACUGAAUGUGCAUAUCUCUAGGCCGCAUGGCCGAUCUUAAUCUGAUUCUAUGAUAAGCAAAUGUGAUUUCAAUGUGCUUCUGUGGUGUGUAUUUUAGUUAUAUAGAAUAUAAUCAAAGAAGAGGAUUCAGGAAGUUUUCAUCCAGCAUUGAAUUAUUUCCUAGAUUUGUAGAUAACAAUGUACAUAUAAUUAAACACGUAUUAUUAGGAAAUUUUUGCGAAGUACGAGAUUACUAAAUGUCAAAUUAUAUUUUCAGAUCGUUUGUUUUACAAUCCUUCAUUUUGUACUUACCCAUUUUCUCAUAUUAUUAUAAUUUACUUACUAUAUAGGCAGUUCUAGACAUUCCUUAUACCAAUUUGUAUCUUGAGAAAGUAUUUUUGAAACGUCAUUCAAUUUUUUCGAAACAAUUAAUAUUCUAUCAACAACAUUCCAUAUCAGUCCAGCCAAUUCUGUUUAGAAAUGUGAAUGUACAAUUAUAUUACGACUGAAUAUGAUUUCAAGUUGAAUGCAAUCAACUGAAAAACGUCUAGUUCAAAUCCCGAUAACAGGAAUUUAGAUUAUAGUAGUACAUGAAUCGAGUUACCUUGUUGGGAAGUUCACUUUCUUCCAAAUACUCUAACCAAGCUAUGCUCAAAGUGGUACUAAUUCAUUGUGUACAUUUGUUUAUAAGGAGUUAAAAAUUGAGAAAUUUAGGAGAAAACAAAAAAUGAUCUGACUGUAUUAUUCUUUCAAUAGUAAACAAAUUGUACAUGAAGAAAAAGAAGCAUAAAGUUCCAAAUGCAAUUGUGAUAUGGUAGAAAAACUUGCACAAGUUUUUAGUUAUAUAAAAAAUGUAUAAGUAAUUAUUAUAUUAUAUAUUUUAUGAUGAAUGUAACUAAGUGUAUUCUUAUAAGAAUAUUAUUGAACGUAUAUUAAUUAUAUUAAAGUUUAUGGACAUGUGUCAACUAUAAAUAAAGUUACGAGAUGCAUACUGAAA